GCGCCAGUGGGCCGCCCGAGUGCGCUGAGGACGGCCGCACGGCGCACCAGCGCGCUAGGGCACAGCACGAGACAGGCGCGCGCGCACACGGGGCCGCCGGCCGAGACUGCCUCGGGCCGUGGCAGAGCGCGGCCGCGGCGGCAUCACUGCUAAGGACCAGGCUCCGCCGAUGCCCAGCUGCUGUCGCCGCUGCUGCUGCUGGUAGCCCCUGGCCAGCCACCGUCGGUGAUGGGGCUCCGCCUGCCUCUCAGCGCCCUGCUGCUGGCCACCCUGCUGUCGGCCGCGCGCGCCCAGCACGACACCGACCAGUCGCAGCCGCCGCCCGAGAAACGCCAGCGCGAGCGCAACCAGUUCGUGCCGUACAACUCGUACGCGCCGCGCGAGCCCAGCUGCGAGCAGCUGAGAGCCAUGUGGAAGCUCUCCAAGCGACAGCACCGGAACGCAGUGCGCACAAACGCCGUGCCCCGCUACCAGGAGCCGUACCUGCUGGGCCGCGUGCACGACACGCUGCGCCACAACCCGCUGUACGACGCGCCGCGCCACCGGCCGCAGCCCACCUUCGGCACCGUGGUCAACGGGCCGGGCGAGCACCAGCGUCAGUUCGCCACGCCGGCGCUCACCGAGCUGGUGCAGAGCCGGCCGGCCGGCCGUCCGGCCGACCACAACCUGCGUGACCUGGUCCGCAUGCUGGAGCGGCCCGAGCUGCCGGCGGCGCCGCCCGAGCCGCAGAGUCUGAGCGGCGCCCAGUACGGCCGCGUGCGGCUCUACCCCCGGCCGCGCUCUGACGCCUCGGCGGCGCGGCGCCUGUUCCAGCGGCGCGCCGCCGCCGCCGCACCUGGCAGACAUCGAAGGAUACCGGACCUGUAGACGGCGGGAGCAGAGAUCGGCUGAGCACGCUCCGGAAGGACGCGUCUGUCCGGUCCGGUCCCGGCGCCAGGUGUGCCCCCUGAGCCCACAGCUGCUGCUGGGACCCGACCCGGACACCGGACACCGGACACCGGACCCGGACCCGGACACCUGCGCCAGCGCGCAGGACUGCCCUGCCGAGGACACCUCCCUUCAGAAGAUUCACCGACGCCGAGAAGGCAGCCCCGAAAGGCUACUGCGGCGGAAAAGGGAGCGUUCCACCUAUCGGCAGCAUACGGCUACCGACUUUGGGCAGACACACAUUAUUUUUGUCCUGUUCGCACUAAUGAUGUCAUAAUGUGUCGAAGUAUGGGAAGGUGUUUCAUCUUUGUCGUCUCCGUUGCAUUGAUAGAGAGUUACUCACAAAUAAGCAAUGAGCUCGAGCAAUUAUCGCGCACAUUUAGUGCGCAUGGCACGCAUGAACAUUCAGUAAAUCGUGAUGUUGUUCACUGACACCGGUUCAUAGUACACUGAAGAUCGUAUUUGUAGCUUGCACGAUGAACAAAGCAGCUUAGGAGUCCCGUUGAUACUAUUUGGGACAUACAGCUCACCUCAUCGAUCUAAAUUUAAACUACGCGCUUUUAAUGUGACCAGUCAUCUCAUUUCUGUUCGUUACGGGAAACAGACUCGGGCAUGUAUCAUGAUGGGUAACGACACCACUCGGCGUGUCAAGUGAUGUGGCUGAGAGCACGCGCCCGGCGGCCGGCAAA